AUGGCGCGCACCAAAAACACUGCAAAGAAGUGCACUGGUGGCUCAGCGCCACGCGUACACCUUAACAUACUCAAGACCGCCGCCAAGAGCCUUUCUAGAGAGCUGGCUGGGGGCCAAAGUUUGGAGAUGUCCAAACCGGUUCAUCACAAUGAGUUCUGUAUCCUCUGCCGGGAUGGCUCUGCAUCAUUUAAAGAGAAUACACUCUUUAUGUGCAACCACUGCCCCAGAGUGAUGUGCCGCCUGUGUAUGCGCCUCCCUCCGGGCACUGAAGACACGAUCCUCAAUGAGGACGUGUCUUUUAAGUGCAUAUGUUGUCACAUCGCCCUGGAACAGCAGGGCGCACCGUACUAUGGCUUCUAUCACGCUAAUGGUGUCCCAGUCCUCAAGUCUUUUCUACAGGUCCACGCUUCCCUCGAGCUCUCAUCGCAUGCUGAACUUUCAGCGGCACCGGUGAUAUUCAUUCACCUCAUCCUUGUCGACUUCAACACUACGGCCAGCCCUUUCUCCUUGGCUCAUUCAUUCCUUCAGCCCUACUUCACCAGCAGCGGCAUCAAAUAUCAUGAGAUCGCCUACAACAUUGUCUCUGACGCGUCCGGUUACCGCAAAACCAUCUGUCAAAUCAUCAAGGACCUCAAAAACUCGUUCGCAUGGGAACGUGUGGUGGUUGGUAUAUCCACUCACACUGACAAUGAUUCAGGUGAUCCUUUUGCCGGGUACAGUUUGGAUGGCGAGAAGCACUAUGCUGGCGCCCCAACUGAAGAUUUCUUGGAGGGUAUCCUUAGUCCAUGGCAAUCUCUCCUGGACCAUGCGGACGAAACCUACCUGUGGCUCUUGUGCUGCGGCACAAUUGUCAACAACAGUGACUCGUUUGCAGGAUUGCAACGCACAGUAGUUCAUCACAAGCUCUCUGCCACAGUCACAUUCAACGCCGCACGUUUUCAACCAUCUUUUGCGUCCCAUUUGCUCCUGGCAUUCACUGAACAAGUCCUUGUGGAACGUUGCCCCAUUGGCCUCGCAUUUGGUGACAUGCUGGUGCAAGCUUACAAACUCGGUCGCCACACUGACGUCUUCUUACUGACACCACUUGUGGGUAGUCUGAAGGUCUCCAAGUUUGUAUGGGCUGAUGUCAAGUCCCGGCCUUGGGGUGGCUUCCUGCCAAUCCAAUGCCCAAGCUGUGGGUGGACUGAUUGUUGGAGCAAUGUGUUGAAUGAACACAAAGAUUCCUUUGUAGCAGCUAAAGGAAAUUCUGGCAUCAGGGCUCGCAUCCUCAAGACAAUCAAAGAUGCUAUAGGCAGCAGUGAAGCAGCCAAAGACCCUUGUGUCAUGCUUCCUGAGAAAAAUCUGUGCAAGGCUGUUCGUGCCUAUUAUUUGGACUUCCUGGAAGAUGAUGAGGAUCGCAAGGCAGAGGAAGAGAUUAUUGAGGGAGGAACUAAGGACACAUCUGCUCCAGAUGCUGUUACUGUAGAGAUGGUGAGACAGAGGGAAGAUGAUAAGCCUGAGGAUGCUGGGAAGUACAAGACAGAAUUCUCUGGUUUUGAUGUCGUCCAAAAAUUAUUUAAGGAUGAAUUUGCAGAAUAUGACAAGCAGCACAGAGAUACCUCCAACCCAAAGUCUAUGGGUCAGAGGACAAGAUUGGCCCGCAUGUGGCACCAGGCCAUGUCCCCUGAGGUGAAGAAGGAGCUUGAGCGAGUUGCAGGAAAAUAG